UACGAGGUUCCAUAAGGAUCUCAAAAGGCCUACUUGGUGUCAAAAUCAUUUCAUCCAUGCCUUACCCUUUGUUAUCACGUUUUAAGAUGUCUUGCCUUUGGCUUUGUUUUGUCUUGUGUUGCUUGGCGUUGUUUUGUCUUGUGUUGCUUGGCCAUGCCUUGCCUUGGUCCUAAAGUGACACAAUAUGCUACCUUCAAUUGCCAAAAUUUGUGUUUUUAAGGAUGGGGUGUUUAUUUAUGCCUUUUGCUCAUGCCUCGUGCUCCUUGCCCUUUGCCUAGGCCAUGUCAUGCCAUCACCACAUCGCGUCCCUCAAAUUGCAUUGAUUUCUGAUAACCCUUAUUCUAUUUUUUUCUUGUCAUUUAAUUUCAUCAAAAAAUUCACUGUUCACAAUUUGUAUGAUGUAAUGUAAUAUUAAAAAAGCAAGUAAUAUCAUUUAAUGCAAGAGUUUUUCUCUCUCUGUUUUUUUUUCGUUGUUGCAGAAAACAGAGCACAGUUUUUUUUCAGCUUGAAACUCGCUGAUUGUACAAUUCUCUUUCUCUCUCCUCUGAUACACAAACAAUUAUUUCUUCAUUUUCCCAAGAUAGAUAUUGCCCAAUUCCACUUUUUCGCAUUUCUUGGUUUAUAUAUACAUUUAAUUCACCUCUUUGGUAAAAUUUAUUAUGCCUGUCCAUUUCUUUUUUCUUCCUUCUGUCAAAGUUCUAAUCUUUUGAAUGAAAAUCUUCGAAAUCAAAUUCUGGGUUUUGUUAAUUUGAUGAUUUUAUUUCUGGGUUUUUGUUCAUUUGAUAAUUUAGUUCUUGGGUUACAUCAAACUCUGUUUUUUUUUUUUUUUUUUACUCAAAAGUAAGGUAGAAUUAAGAGAGAGAAAAUGGGAAGAUCUCCAUGUUGUGAAAAGGAGGGGUUGAAGAAAGGACCAUGGACAAGUGAAGAAGAUGAACUACUUGUUAAAUAUAUCAACAAACAUGGUCAUGGAAAUUGGCGAUCUCUUCCUAAAAAUGCAGGUCUCCUUCGAUGUGGAAAGAGCUGUCGACUUCGUUGGACAAAUUAUCUUAGGCCAGACAUAAAACGCGGUCCAUUCACUCCUGAAGAAGAGAAGCUUGUUAUACAGCUGCAUGCCAUUCUAGGCAACAGGUGGGCUGCAAUCGCUGCACAACUACCAGGAAGAACAGACAAUGAGAUCAAAAACUUAUGGAACACCCACUUGAGAAAACGGUUAAUUUGUAUGGGCCUCGAUCCUCAAACCCAUGAACCAGCUUCUACACCUGCUGGACCAUCUACAAAACCCCCAGCAUCGCCUUCUACACGUCACAUGACCCAAUGGGAGAGCGCUAGGCUUGAAGCUGAGGCUCGGCUUUCAAGUGAGUCUUUAGUGUGCCACCCGCAUUCUGCUAGUUUCCUUGAUUCUGACUACUUCCUUCGUCUUUGGAACUCUGAAGUUGGAGAGUCGUUUCGAAACUUUGAAAUGAAGGAAAAGAUUGCAUGUCAAAGCCCAAUCUCCCAAGCAUCCACUUCUACCACAAAAUGUGCCUCUACUUCAGGUCUGACAGUAGAUAACCGAGAUGAAGAGAUCAAGUGUAAGAACUUUAUCAAAACCGAAGUUCUUGAUGUUAAUACAAGAUCAGAUUCUUCGAGCUCCAAUGAGUUAGAGGAUUCAUCUGAGUCUGCAUUGCAGCUGCUGUUGGAUUUUCCAGGAUACAAUGACAUGAGCUUCUUGGAAGAUCCUGUCGACAACUACUCUGAUAACGCGUGUUUUUUUAAGUUUUACUGAGGAUAUCUGGGGUUUUUUCGGUCACAUUUAGCAGUAUAUCUCUUAGUUAACGGCUAUAGUUCUAGCUUUAAGUUUACCUGCUCUCCUAAUCUAGUCAUGUAAAAUGUUCUGUUUCUUCUGAUAGGAUGCUUCCCUGAGCUGCAAAAUAGAGGUUCAUGUUCCUAGAUCUGUUUUCUGAUGUCGUGCUGCGUUUUGUAAUUGUAAUAUUGUCUGUAGACUCUUUAAAUGGCUUGAUUGAAAUAUAUGUAUAUGGUUUAUUGCAAA